AGGGGAGGGCGCGCGCCGAGGCCCGGCGGGUUGUCCGGAGCGGCCGCUCAGGCCUCGGCGGUGCCGGGGUGGCGCCGGGCGGCCGAGGGGUGGGAGACGCCGCCGGGCUCGGUUGCUGAAGUUACGGAACAAAAUGUGAAAGGCCGGUAGAGGACUGUGAAAGAAAAGUUAUCCCCCAGGAUGGACUUCACGCAGCCGAAGCCUGCCGCUGCCCUCUGUGGCGUCGUGAGUGCAGACGGGAAGAUCGCUUACCCUCCGGGAGUAAAGGAAAUCACCGACAAGAUCACCACCGACGAGAUGAUCAAACGUCUGAAGAUGGUAGUGAAAACUUUUAUGGAUAUGGAUCAGGAUUCAGAAGAUGAAAAGCAACAGUAUCUCCCUCUAGCCUUGCAUCUUGCAUCUGAAUUCUUUCUCAGGAACCCUAAUAAAGAUGUGCGCCUUCUUGUAGCAUGCUGUUUGGCUGAUAUAUUUCGAAUCUAUGCCCCAGAAGCUCCAUAUACUUCCCAUGAUAAACUUAAGGACAUAUUUCUUUUUAUUACCAGACAGUUAAAAGGUUUGGAGGAUACAAAGAGUCCACAGUUUAAUAGAUACUUUUAUUUAUUAGAGAAUUUAGCUUGGGUUAAAUCAUACAACAUCUGCUUUGAGUUGGAAGAUUGCAAUGAAAUUUUUAUUCAGCUUUUUAGGACUCUCUUCUCAGUAAUCAACAAUAGCCACAAUAAGAAGGUACAAAUGCACAUGUUAGACUUGAUGAGUUCUAUCAUCAUGGAAGGUGAUGGAGUUACUCAAGAAUUACUGGAUUCUAUUCUUAUCAACCUCAUCCCCGCACACAAGAACUUAAAUAAACAGUCCUUCGACCUUGCAAAAGUCCUGUUGAAAAGGACAGUCCAGACUAUUGAAGCAUGCAUUGCCAAUUUUUUCAAUCAAGUCCUGGUGCUGGGAAGAUCGUCCGUCAGUGAUCUGUCCGAACAUGUAUUUGAUCUCAUUCAGGAACUUUUCGCUAUAGAUCCUCAUUUGUUGUUAUCUGUCAUGCCACAGCUUGAAUUCAAACUAAAGAGCAAUGAUGGUGAAGAACGAUUAGCUGUGGUUCGACUUCUAGCAAAAUUGUUUGGCUCUAAAGAUUCAGACUUAGCAACACAGAAUCGGCCUCUUUGGCAGUGUUUUCUUGGGCGUUUUAAUGACAUUCAUGUUCCUGUGAGAUUAGAAAGUGUGAAAUUUGCCAGUCACUGUUUGAUGAACCACCCAGAUUUAGCAAAGGAUCUCACAGAAUAUUUGAAAGUUAGAUCACAUGAUCCAGAAGAAGCUAUUCGUCAUGAUGUCAUUGUUACUAUAAUAACAGCUGCUAAAAGAGACCUUACUUUAGUAAAUGAUCAGUUACUUGGCUUCGUCAGGGAGAGGACACUGGAUAAAAGGUGGCGAGUGAGAAAAGAAGCUAUGAUGGGUCUGGCUCAGCUUUAUAAGAAAUACUGUCUUCAUGGUGAAGCAGGAAAGGAAGCUGCAGAGAAAGUCAGCUGGAUAAAGGACAAGCUUCUGCACAUCUACUAUCAGAAUAGCAUCGAUGACAAACUGUUGGUAGAGAAAAUCUUUGCUCAGUAUCUUGUUCCUCAUAACCUGGAAACUGAAGAGAGAAUGAAAUGCUUAUAUUAUUUAUAUGCUAGUCUGGAUCCAAAUGCUGUGAAAGCUCUCAAUGAAAUGUGGAAGUGUCAGAACAUGCUUCGGAGUCAUGUGCGUGAACUAUUGGAUUUACACAAGCAGCCUACAUCAGAGGCUAACUGUUCUGCCAUGUUUGGGAAACUGAUGACCAUAGCAAAGAAUUUGCCUGACCCUGGGAAAGCACAAGAUUUUGUAAAGAAAUUUAACCAGGUUCUUGGUGAUGAUGAGAAACUGCGGUCUCAGUUAGAAUUAUUAAUCAGUCCAACCUGUUCAUGCAAACAAGCUGACAUUUGUGUGAGAGAAAUAGCUCGGAAACUUGCAAAUCCUAAGCAGCCAACCAACCCUUUUCUAGAGAUGGUCAAAUUUCUGUUGGAAAGAAUUGCUCCUGUGCAUAUUGAUUCCGAAGCCAUAAGUGCACUAGUAAAAUUGAUGAAUAAAUCAAUAGAAGGGACAGCAGAUGAUGAAGAGGAGGGUGUAAGUCCAGAUUCAGCCAUUCGCUCAGGACUUGAACUUCUUAAGGUUCUGUCUUUCACACAUCCUACCUCGUUCCACUCUGCAGAGACAUAUGAGUCCUUGUUACAGUGCCUAAGAAUGGAGGAUGACAAGGUAGCAGAAGCUGCAAUACAAAUUUUUAGAAACACAGGCCACAAAAUAGAAACAGACCUUCCCCAGAUAAGAUCCACCUUGAUUCCCAUUUUACAUCAGAAAGCAAAGAGAGGUACUCCACACCAAGCAAAACAGGCUGUGCACUGUAUCCAUGCCAUCUUCUCAAAUAAGGAAGUCCAGCUUGCACAGAUUUUUGAGCCACUCAGUAGGAGUCUGAAUGCUGAUGUACCAGAACAACUUAUAACUCCAUUAGUUUCACUUGGCCACAUUUCCAUGUUAGCACCAGAUCAGUUUGCUUCCCCAAUGAAAUCUGUGGUGGCAAACUUUAUUGUUAAAGAUCUUCUGAUGAAUGACAGAUCAACAGGUGAGAAGAAUGGAAAAUUAUGGUCUCCAGAUGAGGAAGUUUCUCCUGAAGUACUAGCAAAGGUACAGGCAAUUAAACUUCUGGUAAGGUGGCUGUUGGGUAUGAAGAACAACCAGUCUAAGUCUGCCAACUCAACCCUUCGGUUAUUAUCGGCAAUGUUGGUUAGUGAGGGUGACCUGACAGAGCAGAAGAGGAUCAGUAAAUCUGAUAUGUCUCGCUUGCGAUUAGCUGCUGGUAGUGCCAUAAUGAAGCUUGCUCAGGAACCUUGUUACCAUGAAAUUAUUACCCCAGAGCAGUUUCAGCUCUGUGCACUUGUUAUUAAUGAUGAGUGCUACCAAGUAAGGCAAAUAUUUGCCCAGAAGCUUCAUAAGGCACUUGUGAAGUUACUGCUCCCAUUGGAGUAUAUGGCAAUCUUUGCUUUGUGUGCCAAAGACCCUGUAAAGGAAAGAAGAGCACACGCACGCCAGUGUUUACUAAAGAACAUCAGCAUACGAAGGGAGUACAUUAAACAAAACCCAAUGGCUACUGAGAAAUUGUUAUCACUGCUGCCUGAAUAUGUGGUCCCAUACAUGAUUCACCUGCUAGCCCAUGAUCCUGAUUUUACAAGAUCACAAGAUGUUGAUCAACUUCGUGAUAUAAAAGAGUGCCUGUGGUUUAUGCUUGAAGUCUUAAUGACAAAGAAUGAAAACAACAGUCAUGCCUUUAUGAAGAAGAUGGCAGAGAACAUCAAGCUGACCAGAGAUGCCCAGUCUCCAGAUGAGUCCAAGACAAAUGAGAAACUGUAUACAGUCUGUGAUGUGGCUCUGUGUGUUAUAAAUAGUAAAAGUGCUCUGUGCAAUGCAGACUCCCCUAAGGAUCCAGUCCUCCCAACCAAGUUCUUCACUCAACCUGAAAAGGACUUCUGUAAUGACAAAAGCUACAUUUCCGAAGAGACAAGAGUGCUUCUCUUGACAGGAAAGCCAAAGCCUACUGGAGUACUAGGUACAGUUAACAAGCCUUUAUCGGCAACAGGAAGGAAGCCUUAUGUUAGAAGUGCCGGCACAGAGACUGGAAGCAAUGUUAACACCAAUUCAGAGCUGAAUCCUUCAGCCGGAAGUCGUUCAAGGGAACAGAGUUCAGAGGCAUCAGAAACUGGAGUUAGUGAAAAUGAGGAGAAUCCUGUGAGAAUAAUUUCUGUCACACCUGUAAAGAAUAUUGAUACUGUAAAGAAUAAGGAAAUUAAUUCUGAUCAGCCUACCCAAGGCAACAUGAGCAGUGACCGAGGAAAGAAAAGGAUUGCAACAGCAGCUGGUGCUGAGAAUAUCCAACAAAAAGCAGACGAGAAAGUUGAUGAGUCGGGACCUCCUGCCCCUUCCAAACCUAGGAGAGGACGACGCCCCAAAUCUGAAUCUCAGGGCAAUGCAACCAAAAAUGAUGAUUUAAAUAAACCCACUAGCAAGGGAAGAAAGAGAGUUGCAGGCAGCCAGGAGAGCCCUGGGGGUCUGGAAGCAAGUAAUGCCAAAGCGCCCAAGCUACACGAUGGAGCCAAAAAGGCAGCGCCAGCAGAAAGACAAAUUGACUUACAAAGGUAA